GAGAGAAUGUGGGCCAUCUAGGGAGCUGUGUGCCAUGUAUUGCUUGUAGCAGGAAUUCUUGCAAAGAAUGCUGUGUCUCAUUGUCACGUUAGCUUCUGAAAAAGGACCAGCAAGCUAUGAGAGGAGGGAGGAGGGAGGAGCACGGGGUUUAGACUGAACUUUCAGGCCAUUCAUUGAGAGUCAGGGAAUGAAGGUGAAAGGAGUAGCAUCAGUCUGUGCCUGUGUUAAUUGAUUACUCAUUUUACACUGUACUGGAAAUACGUGGGAAUUCAGAAAAAAAAAAUCACAUCUGGAAACUGUGUGGAAUCCAGGGACACGAGGAUCUAAACCCAGACUGCCUGCUAUAUAAAAGUUUAAAUACGGAAUAUGGUUCUUUAAAACUGGAAGCGAAUUGGCUGGUUAGAAGACAGAGGAAUUUUGUGGACUGGGUAGCCUGUGGUUACAUCGACCACAAAAAUACAUUGACCUGGAAAGAAUUACAUUUCGCGCUGGUACCUUGGCCCAUUUUCUUUACAAAAGCACACCAUCUAGAGACCAUCUGGUGGAACUACAGCAACCAUGACUCCAACCAUGUUUCCUACCAAAAAGAGUUAUUACAACCACGACAUCAUCGUCAGACAUUACAACUACACAGGGAAAUAUAAAAGCAAUUUAAAUAAUGACAUCAAGUUAUCAUCCAUAAUCUUCAUUAUCAUCUGCUGCUUCAUCGUGCUCGAGAAUAUCCUGGUUCUUCUUACCAUCUGGAGAACCAAGAAGUUUCAUCGACCCAUGUACUAUUUCAUUGGCAACUUGGCUCUCUCGGAUCUCCUGGCUGGAGCGGCUUACACUGCCAACAUUCUGCUCUCUGGAUCAAACACUUACAACCUUACACCAGUUCAAUGGUUGGUACGAGAAGGGAGUAUGUUUGUGGCCCUCUCUGCUUCAGUGUUCAGCCUCCUAGCCAUCGCCAUUGAACGCUACAUUACAAUGUUAAAAAUGAAACCGCACAAUGGCAGCAAAAGCUCUAGGUCCUUUGGCCUCAUCAGUAUUUGUUGGCUUUUAUCUCUGUUUCUUGGUUUUCUGCCCAUCAUGGGUUGGAAUUGCAUUCCUGACAUGGAUUACUGCUCAACUGUACUUCCAUUAUAUCAUAAACAUUACAUUCUCUUCUGCACAACUGUUUUCUGCAUUCUUUUAAUGGCUAUUGUGGUUCUGUAUGCCAGAAUUUAUUUCUUGGUAAGAACACGCAGCAGGAGCCUAACCUUUAGGAGGAACUUUGCCAGAACCAGCAGGAGCUCGGAAAAGUCCAUGGCAUUACUCAAAACAGUCAUUAUUGUCCUCAGUGCAUUUAUUCUCUGUUGGUCCCCUCUCUUCAUCUUUCUCUUGCUUGAUUUUGGAUGUAAGGUUAGAGCUUGCCCUGUUUUGUUCAAAGCCGAGUACUUUUUGUCUCUUGCAGUUCUCAAUUCUGCAACAAACCCUAUUAUCUACACUCUUACUAACAGAGAGAUGAGAAGGGCUUUCCUAAAAAUGGCCUGUUGCUGUCAAUGCCCAGUUUUUAACAGUGGAGCAAAAGUCAAAAAGCCCAUUAUUACAGGAAUGGAGUUCAGCAGGAGUAAGUCAGAUAAUUCUUCCCACCCGCAGAAGGAUGAAGGGGAAUACCCUGUGACCCUUAUGUCUUCUGGAAAUGUGACCUCUUCUUCCUAGGACUUGUGAAGACUGAAAUUGGAUAUACCUUGUUGCAGUAUUGCAAGAACAUAAAGGGAAAAAUCAUCUCCUUCGUAAUCUGGAUAAUGCAUGGGCAUUUUGAUUCCAGAAAAGAUAGCAUUAGUUCUGAGUGGAGAUGCAAAGCACCUCAAGGAAGAUCUGAUAAUGAGUAGUGGAACUAUAAAGACUGUUGUUGUUACUCAUGGAACAAUUGGUCUAAGGGUCUGAGAGCACGUGCUUGGAUGGAAUGGGGAUUUAAAAAAAAAUAUUUACACAGACAAUUUGAGGUGCUUUGGUGUGGGAGUGAAAAUACGCCCAAUCCUAUGUGCGGCUCUUUAAUGUGAUUUGCUUAGCAUCACUUACCCAAAGCCACUAGGAUACAGCAUUUAUAUACUGACUUAUAGAAUAUGACUUUCUUGGAAAGAUGUAACGAAAAUAUGGGUUCUCCUUUAAUCCGUGGGUCAACAUUCUCUAUUUUGUUCCUAUAGAAGAGUAUUCACUGAUAUCUGUAAAAGAAAUGGCUUGCGGCUUUAGAGCAGAUGGUAGUUACUGAAAGUUAGAACUUGGAACCUCAAUGGGUCACAACCAAGUAGAAGGUAGAUUAGUUUCCUGGCCCACAUGUAUUACAUAUUUUUGUAGGUUCUUCAUAGAGUAAACAUACGUUGACAUGGGAUAAUAAAUUAUAUCUGGCCAAGAGUAAUUAAGAUAAACUAAACCACACAACUAUUGUAUUUGAAUAAAAUAAUUAGAUUUGCUAUCUUUCAUUUGCCCCAUGCUAUAAAUGUAAUUCCCUCUAUGUAUCUACUUAUGAUUGAAUUCAUUAUGGUAGAACUGAUGGAAAAAUCAUUAAGCAGAAUAAUUUAUAAAGAGGAGAGCCUUCACUCCAGUGAAAGAAUCUCUCCACCUCCCAUAUUCCUCUUCUAUAUGUAAAAUAUAAAAUACUCUAACAAAACAUAGGAACAUGAUUAUUUUUUUUCUCACAUGAGUAAGCACUUCCCAAACUUUAAGCAAGUUAUUUUUGUUAAAGCCAGCAAAGAUUUUUUUUUUUUAUCUGAUAAAGUCCAUAUCCAGGCAAUUCGAGUUCUUCUAGAUGAUAUUAGGUGCCAUCUCCCAUGGUACCCUACAACUCUUAAACUGUAGCACCCAUCAUUAAGCAUUUUUGCUACUUAUAGAACAUUUUAAAAAUGAUCCUAGUACGUAAAGUGGAAUGAAUCUUUAUUAAACUGGUCUAAAAGAAAGCUUUCCUAUAACUAGCUAUCUAGAAAUAACACGGUUAAUUCAGUAAAAUUAAUUAACCAAUUAAUUAGGCAACCUAACGCCCCAGUGGUGAGAAUUGCAGAGAUGAAUUUAUUUAUUUAUGUUUUUUUAUUGAUGAGACACUUUUUUUGAACAGACUUUAAUGUAAAUCUCCUGUUGCAAUGCAUUGCUGCCAAACACAUUUUUACAACAUUCUCUUUUAACAGCUGCCAUUGGGCCAUACAAUCUUACAAUAAAAUAUUCCAUUUGAAAAA